AUGGCUACUCCUAGUGCAGCCUUCGAUAUGGCAGACUUUGUCGAUUUUGGGGAAGCAAGCAUGCCCAAUGUGUCACAAGAAACCGAUCACAGCGUAUCAGGAACCUUGCUGCAACAAAGCGUUCCAUCAGAUGACGACUCUGGAGCUUUGGAGCAAUCCAACAGUGCUCAACCUACGAGUACAGACUUCAACACAGACUUUAGCAGCUGGCUUCCACGAUACCAGAAGCCUGCUCAUCCAUGCGAAUACUGUCGAUCGAGAUCACUGGAGUGUUUCGUCUAUAACUCCGAUGGCUCAAAGCAAACCGGAUGCUCCCCAUGCAACGCUUUGUUCCGACCAUGCAGCUUCAGCAACCCCGAGAGGAUGCCAGGUAUGCGGCAGAGGACUGCACUAGACACCUUAGAUGUCGUGGCCGAGAACGAUACGCGACACUUUGGUGGACUUACGGGCAAGAAGCAGAUGCGAUCGCUGGGUCAUCUUGGCCCAAUCGAAGAUGGGAAAGAGGAUGACGAAGGUCUUAAGAAGGGUGCCGCAGGUGCUCGCUUUCCUCGAGCCGCUGUCAAAGUACUGAAAGAUUGGAUGCUGAUGCAUAUCGAUCAUCCUUAUCCUACCGACGAAGAAAAGGAGGAUCUGAAGCAGCAGACCGGCCUGUCGCUCAACCAAAUCUCUAACUGGAUGGCCAACACACGGCGAAGGCAGAAGAAUCGACCCAAGCGAAGCGCAUCGCCGAGCCUUCGACCUUCGACAGAGGCUAUCAAUAUCCCAGCAGGCAAGACCUGGGAAACUUUGAAUCCUUUUGAACGAUGGAAACACUCCCCCCCUGAGAACGAACCGGCGCCACUGGAAGCUAUUGCCCACGCAGUUGAAACCUUUGACCCACCAGAAUCUGCGAGUCUGAGUAGCAGCUACCGUAAAGAUGGCUCUAACAACAGCACUGGAAGCUUCUCAGUAUUUAGAGCACCGUCUAUCUCGUCUUUGGAGACUGGUCUCACGCAAAUGUCUUCCGGCUCUCUUGGAUCUCGCAACUCAGCUUACUCGCAUGGAUCACGGCACUCUCUAGGCUCCUUGAACAGUCUGAAGUCAAAGGAGAGGCGGAGGCGUCGCCGUCUCCCUACCCGAGCAGCGAAGGCUAGUCCUGAUGAGGGUCAACGUAUCUUCCAGUGCACGUUCUGCACUGAUGCCUUCAAGUCCAAGUAUGACUGGUCCCGCCACGAGAAAAGCCUUCACUUGUCUCUGGAGAAGUGGUUAUGUGCACCAAUUGGAGAGGUUGUCGCCGACAAGGCUACCGGAAAGUCCAGAUGUGUCUACUGUGACGAGCUGGAUCCCAGUAAGGACCAUUUGGCGGCGCACAACCACUCGGCUUGCUACGAGAAAGGCCCAGAGUCUCGAACCUUCUACAGGAAAGACCAUCUUCGACAGCAUCUGCGACUCAUGCACGGUUGCAAGAUGAUCGCGAGUAUGGAUACAUGGAAGUCCGAAGCCCAAUACAUCAAAUCCCGUUGCGGUUUCUGCGGGAUGAACUUUGACAAGUGGGAAGAUCGUACCGCCCAUUUGGCAAAGGAGUUCCGAAAUGGCGCAAGCAUGAAGAACUGGAAGGGAUGCAGAGGCUUAGACCCUCAUGUCGCCAUCCAUGUGACCAAUGCUAUGCCGCCGUAUCUUAUCGCUAACGAGAGUAAAUCUCCGUUUCCCUUCUCCGCCAGCAACACCACCAGCCUCAAGCAACUCAACCUGUCGGUGGAGAACAGGGAUCUUGAGUAUCUUCUGCCCAACUUUGAUAUCAACACCGCGACAAACAAUAUAUCCACUGCAUACGAGACCGGAAGUGAUCCUUCAACAAUUGGACCUAUCGUCUUGACAACACCCAAAGAUUAUUCCUCCUCAGAGUCGCCAACCAACAACCCCAAUGCAACUUGCUGGGAGAUCCUUACACUGCAACUGGGACGCUUCGCACGAGAGUAUAUCGACAAGCAUGGAGCAGGAACCUUGACCGACGAGAUGCUACAGAAGGAAUCACGUCGUAUCCUGUAUGACGAUGACGAUCCAUGGAACCAGACCUCUGCCGACAACCCUGAGUGGUUGAACCUGUUUAAAAAGGCCCACGGGAUCGACUCCCAAGCCCCAGUACAAAAUAUUAAUGGAAAGCACGAGAUUUUUGAAGAUCUCGGUAUCAACUACGGCUCUGCUGUGGACCCAAGCUUCGAUGCGGACAACGUUUUCCGCUGCACUUCCAUGGCCCAGGACGACCCGAUGCGCGCCAUCUCCUACGAAUUCGCGCUGUCUGGCUCUACCAACUUCAUUCAAGGACAUGCACGAAACCUCUCCUCAGGUCGCGAAACACCCUACAGUAUACCGGGGCUAAGUGGAUCGCCUACCUCACCAGCCUCUUACGCCCCCAUUACAAAGACCGCCAGUACAGACAACCUCCUGGGUGUAUACGAGCCCAUCUCAGAACUUUCAUGCACAGCAGCAGGUAGCGCAGGUCCCUGCUUCGGCGAACAUGGCGAGAUUGGGUUCUCUACGAAAACUGCGGGGUCGCCGAAGAGGAGGUACUGGCUUGACGAAACGAACGCGCAUAUGGCGCCCUUCACAACCAGCGCAGCCGCACAUCCUAUCCUUGACUGCCCGACUGCUGGUGAGUCUACCGUCGACGAUUUCCAAUUCCCGUCCUGGGAUCAGUUACCCGAGGAUUUGCAAAACCCGACGAGUAGUGCAGACUAUAACUCUGCCAUUUCAAUUGCUACUACCGGGGUCAGCAUGUCGGCGGUGGAGGGCGCUGCAUCGAUGCCUUGGGAUGAUAUGGAUUUUGCUAUGGACUUGGAUAUGGAUGUGGAUAUGAAUCUGAAUCAAGCAUGA